AUGAACGGCAAUGGCCGAAGCGGCAAUGGCCGACGAAUGAACGAUGAGCGAUUGGCGAAGAUCAUACAAGCUGUUACGAUGGCUGUGUUGAUAGGAAUGGGAGAAGCCAAGAAAGCCAAGGAAGAAGAUCAAGGAGAGAAGACUUACGAACAAAUGAUGGAAGAAAAAGUGGAAGAGCUGAAGGAGAUGAAGACAGGAGCCGAGGAGCGCAGGAAGAAGUUACUGGAGAAUGCUCCAAAAGAAGAGGAACAAGCUGAAGAGCCAAAGAAAGAGGCCAAAGAAGAACUGAAGGAGGAGAAGAAAGAGAAGAAAGAAAAGAAGAAGGAGAAGGAUUUGUCGUGCAGUGAUUCUGCAAGCGAGUCAAGUUCGAGCGACGAGAAGGAGGAGAAGAAAGAAGAAAAGGAAGAAGUCGAGAACCAGAAAGAAGUCAAGGACCAGAAAGAAGUCAAGAACCAGGAAGAAGUCAAGGACCAGGAAGAAGUCAAGGACCAGGAAGAAGUCAAGGACCAGAAAGAAGUCAAGGACCAGGAAGAAGCGCUGAGAAGGUCCGAAGCGACGCAGAGAAUGUUCCAAGAGUUCAAAGAGACAAUGGAGAGUCCAGUCGUGAAGAUUCCAACGGGAUAUGGAACAAGGGUGCAACAAUGGUUGGCAGCCCUGAAGGAAGCAGAAGAUGCCGAACGGGCAUAUGGCGAAAAGUACCGCGAGAUCGAGAAGAUGAUGGAAGAGUGCAAAAGCCUUAAGUCCACGAUGCAGAAGAAGAAGAAGGAAGCUGAAGGACAUUUGGCGGAGUACAAUGAGUUCAAGCACUCAAGAAGAAUGCUGAGCGUGGUAAGGAAGAUGGCCGAAGGAGCCAGCGAGGCAGAGUCAAUGGCUGCAGGCUCGGAAAGACAGGUGAAGACGAAGGCAAUGCCAAAGCCAUUGAAGCUGCGCAAGGAGAUGGCAGAAGUUGUGCAAGUUGAUGAUGCCAUCGAAGAGAAGAAGGAUGAAGGUGAAGGAAAGGAGAAAAAGAGAGAGGAAGACCUGAGCAAGAUCAACCCAAGGUGGCUUUUGAAGAAAGCACCCGAGACGAGAAGGAGACCGGAAAACGCCCGGCAGGAUGCUUUUCUGUAA